AUGGGUCUGGUAAAGGAAAUUUUGGGACAACUCGAAACCCGAUUCCUCCUAUCAGUGAACCCUGAGCAGGACUCAGAUGAGGAUGCUACUCUGUCAAAGGAACAAGAUGCUGUUGCACGAUACGUUCGAUUCAACUGUCCGACAAGUACUACGAUGUUCCAGGGGAACGAAGUGCAGUACUUUACAGGUUCAAAGGCCAUCGAUACCUUGAUGGAGUCAAAGUACGGCUCAAAAGCUAAAAAUGAAGCUGCCAUGUUAUUCCCUAACAGGCAGGCAGCUGUUAAUUAUAUGCGUGAGCUGAUGACUCACCAACUAUUUUUCCACGCGCGAAAACUGGUACCAAAAAAGAAGGAGGAUAAGGAGAAAAAGGAUAAGGGCAAGUUGCUUUUUGCAGAGACUGGCAAGCCAACGAAAUCUGAAAAGGACGAGAAAAAGAAAAAGGAGGACGAGACAGUAACUGAGACAGAGGCCGAAGACAAGAAGGAUGACAAGAAAACAAAGGACUCAGAUGAAAAGAAAACCAAGGAGGAGGAAGAAAAAAAGAAAAAGAAGAAGGUCAAACUUGAGGUGCAUGAUGUGCAGGUCUUCAACGAUGACAAAGAUGUGUAUGUGUGGGUGUUCGAUCCAACGCCAUUGUAUAAAAAAAUAAUUGGACUUUGCAUGGUUCUGGGCACAAUAGUCGGUUGCCUGUUUCCCUUAUGGCCAAUGUGGCUCCGCCAAGGAGUAUAUUACUUGUCACUUGCUGGAAUUUCGCUUUUUGGAGUUAUUGUAGUGGUUGCUAUUUUACGCACAAUCCUCUUUGGCAUCAUAUGGCUUGCAACUAUGGGUCAACAUAAGCUCUGGAUUCUUCCCAACCUAACAGAAGACUGUGGUUUCUUCGAAUCAUUCCAACCGUGGUACACGUAUGAGUAUUGCCCUCGAGACAAGAAGGGUAAAGACGCAAAGAAGAAGAAACAAAAGAAAGCGAAAGAAAGUGAUGAUGAAAAGGAAGAUCAACCUGAAGGUGACGAUGACCAGGGGGACAAGAGUAAUGCUAGCCAAGGCAGUCAUUCGGGUGAACCAUCAGGGAGUGAGAAACUCCGAUUAUUUCUUUGA